UCGCUUGAAGAAAAUGGCACCGCCAUCGUCGACCUCGCCGACGCCUGAUCCCAACUCCAUCAAAAUCGCCCUCGCCAUCGCCCUCCUCCGAUUGAAGAAACUCCACCACAAGCUUCCCUCUCCUUCUUCCACCUCCGACGCUCAGCGCUGGAAGCAGAAGGCAAAGGAGCGGAAGAGAGAGAUCCUGAGGCUCAGAGAGGAGCUCAAGCAGCUCGAAGAUGCGAAGGAGGGAGAGGAUCUGCCGCAGAUCGCUGCUUGCCAGUGCCAUUUCUUCGAUGGUUGCGGUGAUUUGAGGAAGGAUAGGGAGAAUGGAGGCGAUGAGCACUGGAUCAAUGAAGUUUUGAGGAGGCGAUUCUUAAGGCUUGUUCGUUGGAAAGAAAGGAGGAGAAGGGUGGAGGGUUCUCUGCACAGGAGGCAUUUUCUUGAGUUCAACAGUGAAAGUGAGUUUGAGCAGCUUGGUACAUCAAUUGAAUUAUUGGUGGAGCUUUCAAGCAUUAAUUCUGUCAAAGAGGAAUUUGGUGCUUCUUUUUCUACAUUGUCACAUCAAGCUACAGAUUUUAUUUUAGCCUCGUUGAAGAACUUGCUAUCAUUGCAAAAGGACGGCGAGCUUAUUGAAGAGACUGUCAAUGGAUUGGUUAUGCGUUUAAUGAGAAGAAUGUGUGGUCUUCAAGAAAACAAUGGAUAUUUGAAAUCUGAUUCAGAUGCCCAGUUUUAUGCCCAACACUUAAUCCGCAAGCUGGGACAUGAGGCCUUUGUUGGUCAACGCGUAAUGCUCAUAGUUUCUCAAAAGGUUUCAAUAGUAGCAGACAGCUUACUUGUGAUGGAUCCUUUUGACAAGGCUUGCCCGGCAAUGCAUGGCAGCAUGUAUAUGAUGAUUCAACUGAUGGAGUUAUUGAUUUUGGAUUCUGUGCAAGAAUGGACAAGUAAUGAAGAUUUUGAUAAAAGAAUUUUUGAAGAAUGGGUGAGAUCGAUUCUACAAGCACGCAAGAGUUUGGAAUUAUUGGAGUGCAGGAAUAGCCUAUACAUGUUAUAUAUUGAACGGGUAAUUGGCGAAUUGGUGAAACAGGUGAGCCCUCUAGCAGAACAAGGAAAUCUUGAUCCGCAGAUUCUCUCUGAUCUUAUCUGCUGCUGAUGAGGUCUCGCUUUCACCUGGCGAUUCUAUAAUAACUCACUAAAAGAGCAUGAGGUUUCAUAGUUUUGACCGAGAAGUCUGUGUCGUGAAUCAAUACAGGAGUACCUACAAGCAAUAUAGAAACUGUCUUUAUGGAUAUAGAAAUGACUCUCAUUGCAGAAAUUUAGGUAAAGGUAAUUUUCAUGGCGUUGUUAAACAUUUUCUGUGCAAGCAAAAUUUCUUUCACAACAACUUUGUGGUUAUUCAUCCAAGUAAUAUACAAGGGUACUACAAGAAAUAAUGCUGUCCUAGUCUAUGCAUCUUCAGGUGCGUGGCUCUUUCUUAUAUUUUUACUUUCACAUGUGAUUAUCUGUAUCUAUUGCAAUAAACGUCCGAUUUCUUCAGUAUUAGAUUUAGAACAUGUUUGGAUGGUACUUGUAGGAUUGGGAAAAUGAAAUAUGCUAUGGGCUCAAAAAAGGAUCCUUUUCAUAAGAUGCUCCAAAAAUCUUCAUUUACGAGGGUUUGCUAUUCUAGAAAUCUAAUGAAUGGCAACAGCAUCCAGCUGCCUGCGGCGCUGGAAAGUACAUCCACUAUUGAAAAGUAAUCGACUCCUUAUUAAUUUUA